AUGCCUCCGAAUCCCCGUCAGCGUAGAGCUCCGUCCUAUGAAACUCCGUCUCUCUCGGACGAAGAUGUCGGCCUUCUCUACCAGAUCAUCACCCGCGCCGAAGGCAAGCCCGAAGCCCAGCAAACGCCAUUCCGGGCCUUAUUCACGGCGUACGACGAAAUUAUUGACGAACAUGCCGUGGACGCUGACCCAGGUCAUGUCUGCCUACACUUCCUGUUCAAGAUGGGCAGCAAAGGCAUUUCGGGGGAUACACUGUUCGACAAGUUCGAGAACCUGCUGCAGCACAUGGGGAUAGUGAUUGAACUGGGCGACGAAACCGAGACUAAUGAAUACUACAACCAGAGUUCUGUUUAUGGUGGUUACAGUGGGACUGUGACUGUGGAUUAUAACCAUAGGUCUUACCCUCACAGGGAUGAGGACACGACGCAGCCUCCGCGACGGAGACGAGCCUCGUUCAACUCGAUGUACGAUGUUGGCGAUGAUCCUACGCAACGAAGUAUCGCGAAUCGCCCUAGCUCGCGCUCGUCGUUGUCGCGACUGGAGGUUGGGAAAACUGAGUUUCCAGAACUCACGCCCAAACCAUCGCCGAGACAUCCUGCCGCGGGCAUCAGACAGCACGACUCGCCGGACCGGACGCAAUUGAUCGCGCAAUUUCUGGAUGUUGGUCGUCGCUUGAUAAGUCGAUUCGAUUCGUUGAAACCCAACAAGGACAACACCGGUGAUGACACUCAAAUCAGUGUCGGAGCGCAAGCCAAAUCUGCCGUGCACAAAGAUCGCUCUGAGAGACUGUCGCGACGUCAGUCGCGCAAGUCGCUGAGUUCUAACAGUUCGGGUGAGGAGGAAGAGGAUGAUGAUAAUGACGAUGACGACGAAUCCAUUUCUUUCCAUGGUGACGAAAGCGGACCGAUUGAAAAGCCGGAUGUCCCUCCUGAGAUGCUGUAUCGACCAUCCCUUUCGGAUCUGUUGCGGGAUGCCUCGACUUUCAACAUGUAUCGCGAACGCGGAAUAAAGCGCCGCCUUCUGACUCAAUGGCUGAAGAAGGCCAUUCAGAAACGGCAGGGUAGUGUCAAUAUGGAGAAUGUCGCUAUCAACCGCGACAGAUCCACACUUGUUCGCCAGGCUUUUGAACAAUGGCGCGGAAUCAUUCAGGAUAAGCGACAAGCGGUUCGCACGGAGCGAUUCUUCAAACACCUUGAGCAGCGCGCUGGGCGUGCUCGUGACUUGUUCCUGGUCACUAAGGCCUUCACUCAUUGGGCGCAAGUGACUUCUGAGGAGGUCGCCAGAACCUCGGCUGCGCGCCGGCGCAUUCUCAGUAUCAAAUACUUCAAUGCUUGGCGGGAAAUAACUGCCGUCAACGAAUUAAAGGCCCAGCGGUUUGCAAUGCGCAAACCGUUCGACACAUGGCGGAAACGGAUCCAGCAAGUCAAGGAGAAUGAAACGACCGCCACAGCAAACCACGACAGGGACUUAAAGAAUGGUGUCUACUGGCAAUGGUUCUGGGGCUUUUGCGACCGCCGCGCGCCACAAUGGUACGAAUACCGCCUCAAGAGACGUUCCUUGUUAUGUUGGUUACGAAGCUUCCGCACAAACAGGGAACGUAACCACGAGAUCGAAAUCCGGAACCGACGGUUAACCAUUGGAUCAGCAUGGCAGAUAUUAACUCAGAGGUCCAAGGGCAUUGCUGGUGCGGAGCAGGAAGCGGUAUUCAUGCAGCGGCAUAAGCUUCUGAAGGAAUCGUUUGGAGAGUGGAAGAUCCAAGCCUGCCUCGCUCCAGCCGCGUACCGUGUUUCUGAUAUGGUCGACAAACGGGUUCUUCAGUCCGCGUUUACGCAAUGGGUACAGCGAGCUCAGAUGGGUAAGCAAGCGAGAGAAAUGGACAGAAAGAGGAUCAUGCGGAACUCAUGGACAUCAUGGAACGACAAACUCCGCUGCCAGGCGCUGAGUGCACGGAUCGAUGAACGCUUAAAGAUGGAAACAAUGUACAAGUGGAUUCUGGCAGAGCGAUUCUGCCUAAUGCAGCGAAUUCGAGACCAACGGAUCAAGCGUGACACAUUCUCAACCUUUGUUGCCAGUAUCCGCGGGACGUACUCUCGGCUGCUCCAUCAUGCAGAUAUCCACGAAGACUAUCGCAGCGAGGAACUGCUCCGGUCGAAAUUCAAUACUUGGCGCGAUCGGCUUGUACUCCAGCGACAACGGGAGUAUGCUGCGUUUGAGUUCUAUGCGCCACGACUUCAGCAAGAAUCCCUCGUCGCGUGGCGCUCUAAGCAGCAGAAUGUCGCGAGGCUGGACACACGAUCAAAAGACGCUCGUUUCUAUUUCCUAGCGACUAGGACAAUAAAACACUGGCACACUGCCACGGUGCAAUCGGCCAAACGACGGCGUCAGGAGUCAUAUGGCUGGUUCCGAAGGAAAGUUAAGAUGAGACUGGCGACGCGAGCUUUGGAGAACUGGCAGUCAUGGGCUGGCCACGUAGCUGAUCUGGAGCGGCAAGCGUUCGAGUUCCAUCGUAACAAAUCGUUGAGUAUUGCAUCUGGUUUGUUUGACCUAUGGCAUGACCAGGCUUCGAAGCGUCUUCAAGAUUGUCAUGAAGCCGAGAUGCACUAUGCCAGACAAGCUGCGUAUGGUCAGCUGAUGCGCUGGACUGAGCUCUAUCUCGAGAAUCGUGAUCUGGAACUACAAGCCGCUGGACUCUACCGUGUGCACAUUCUUGGUCAGGCCAACGCCUCGCUCCGCAAGCUUAGCUUGCGCAUAUUCCAAAUAAAUAGCUCGUCCGAAACAGCUGAUUCACUGCGCGAGCGAAAUACUAGAAAGCAUGGGAGAGGCAUGUUCCGUCACUGGAUCGACCAAACACGUACCAAGCUCGAGGAACGAGACUCUUUUGCUCCUCUUGUGACACCCGGAAGACCUAGUCGAAGCUUCGACGGCACAACAGGCCCUAGAUCCGGUCGCUCGCUCUUCGACCCUUGGUAUCCAGUCGAAACACCGUUUAAGAUGAGCGAGUUCGCCACGCAGUCACAAGGUCCCGAUCCCGGCCCCGGCCCUUCUGCCAGUCCAUUAGCGACUCCCAACUACAUGGCUUCGCCAUCCAAACGUGCCGCGCGAGCAAGAGUUCUGGCGCAAGCAUCAACCACCCCCGCGACACCGUUGUACACGCCGUUCGCUGGUCGAGUUCUUCGGGCUGAAGGCAUGGCUGCAAAGAAUGCUUCGACUAGACGACGCAAUGGUCGGGGGAGUGCAUUGGGGACGAGCGUCAGGUUUGUUGACGAGGAACCUACGUCGCCUUCGGAGGGGAAGAGGUCUGGGAAUCGGCGUACUACGUCCUAA